CGGUGCCGUUCCAGGCAUUCCCUGCGCCUGCCUGCCUGCCGCCGUCUCUUUGCAGCCUCACCUGCUCGGUGUAAAUCCACUGGCAACUAUGCAGAAAGCUGAGCAGCGGUCCACUCUGGUUCUGGAGAACUACAUAGGAGGCAAGUUUAUCCCUUGUCAGAGGCACAUCGACUCCUACAACCCGUCCACCGGAGAGGUUUACUGCAAAGUACCCGACAGCGGCAAAGAGGAGGUGGAGGCGGCAGUGGCGGCGGCUAAAGAAGCCUUCCCCGAGUGGUCGGCCCGAAGCCCCAGGCAGCGAGCAGAGGUCCUCAACAAGCUGGCCGACCUGAUCGAAGCCCACCUGGAGGAGUUUGCCCAGGCUGAGUCCAGAGACCAAGGUAAAACGAUAAGUUUUGCCCGGGCGGUGGACAUCCCUCGCUCCGUCUACAACUUCCGCUUCUUUGCCACAUCCAUACUGCACCACACCACUGACUGCAGCCAGAUGGACGCCGAGGGCUGCCUCAACUACACCAUCCGUUGUCCCGUCGGCGUGGCUGCUCUCAUCAGCCCCUGGAACUUCCCCCUGUACCUGCUGACCUGGAAGAUCGCCCCGGCCAUCGCCGCAGGGAACACCGUGGUGGCCAAACCCAGCGAGAUGACCUCCGUGACCUCCUGGAUGAUGUGCAAGUUGAUGCAGCAGGCCGGCGUCCCCCCGGGAGUGGUCAACCUCGUGUUUGGCACUGGCGCGAAAGCAGGCGACGCGCUCGUGGGCCACCCUGACGUGCCCCUCAUCUCCUUCACUGGCUCCACGGCGACUGCCCGGCGCAUCACAGAGCGCAGCGCCCCCUAUUGUAAGAAGCUCUCGCUGGAACUAGGAGGUAAAAACCCCAGCAUCGUCUUCGCUGACGCAGACCUGGACCAGUGCAUCCAGACCACGGUUCGCUCCAGCUUCUCUAACCAGGGAGAAAUCUGUUUAUGCACCAGUAGAGUUUAUGUGGAAAGGAGCAUCUACUCUGAGUUCAUGGUAAAGUUCGUAGCCGCAGCCAGGAAGUGGAAGACGGGCCUGCCCUCUGACCCCAGCAACAACAACGGCGCUCUCAUCAGCAAAGAGCACCUGGAAAAAGUUCGAAGCUACGUCGCUCUCGCCAAAUCUGAAGGCGGCGUCAUCCACUGCGGCGAGGGGAUCGACCAGCUGGACCUGCCCGAGCAGAACCGCUCCGGCUACUUCAUGCCUCCCACCGUCCUCUCGGGCGUCGGCGACAGCUCCCGCGUCAUGCAGGAGGAGAUCUUCGGCCCCGUCGUCUGCGUCAGCCCCUUCGACACGGAGGACGAAGCCGUCGCCAGGGGCAACGGCGUGCGCUACGGCCUGGGGGCGGCCGUGUGGUCCCGGGAUGUGGGGAAGGUCCACCGCAUGGCCAAGCGGCUGCAGGCGGGCAUGGUUUGGACCAACUGCUGGAUGGUAAGGGAUCUGAACCUCCCCUUUGGAGGAAUGAAGAGUUCUGGAGUGGGACGGGAGGGAGCCAGGGAUUCCUAUCACUUCUUCACAGAAGUGAAGUGUGUCACCAUCAAACACUAGAACACACAGUCAAGUCAUUUUCUUGAUUCAUCCACCUCUGUGGGUCCAAACCAAAAAUCAAAGCCUUGUGACUGGAAUUGAAAAGCUAACACUAAUUAAACACCUAACUUGAAUCCUG